GCGGCGGCGGCUUUCAUCCACCUACUGUAUCUCUCCAUUUUUUUUCUUGCUUCGAUUUUUCCCUCUCUUUGCGCUCUCCUUAUUCGAUCUUCUCUGUGAUUACUUCGUUUGAAGUGAGGGUGGUCAAUAAUCAUGGCUUUUCAGAAGAUCAAGGUCGCCAACCCCAUCGUUGAGAUGGACGGUGAUGAAAUGACUCGAGUUAUUUGGGAAUCAAUUAAAAAUAAGCUUAUUUUCCCCUUCUUGGAAUUGGACAUCAAGUAUUUUGACCUUGGCCUUCCACACCGUGAUGCCACCGAUGAUAAAGUUACAAUUGAAAGUGCAGAAGCUACUUUAAAGUACAAUGUAGCAAUCAAAUGUGCAACAAUUACUCCUGAUGAAGCACGUGUUACGGAAUUUGGCUUGAAGCAGAUGUGGAAAAGUCCAAAUGGGACGAUCAGGAAUAUUCUGAAUGGCACUGUCUUCAGAGAGCCAAUUCUUUGCAAAAAUGUUCCUCGUCUUGUACCAGGUUGGACGAAGCCAAUCUGUAUUGGCAGACAUGCUUUUGGUGAUCAAUACAAAGCUACUGAUACAGUUAUCAAAGGACCUGGAAAAUUGAAAUUGGUUUUUGAGGGGCAAGAGACGCAAGAGAUAGAGGUUUUCAACUUUACUGGUGCUGGAGGAGUAGCGUUGUCCAUGUACAACACUGACGAGUCAAUCCGCUCCUUCGCUGAGGCAUCAAUGAACACUGCUUAUGAGAAGAAAUGGCCUCUUUACCUUAGCACAAAAAAUACUAUUCUAAAGAAAUAUGAUGGAAGAUUCAAGGAUAUAUUCCAAGAAGUAUACGAAUCCCAGUGGAAAUCCAAGUUCGAGGCUGCUGGCAUAUGGUAUGAACACCGUCUCAUUGAUGAUAUGGUGGCUUAUGCACUUAAGAGUGAUGGAGGUUAUGUCUGGGCAUGCAAGAACUAUGAUGGAGAUGUCCAGAGUGAUUUCUUAGCUCAAGGGUUUGGAUCUCUUGGGUUGAUGACUUCUGUAUUGGUUUGCCCUGAUGGAAAGACAAUUGAAGCUGAAGCAGCUCAUGGUACUGUUACACGACAUUAUAGGGUUCAUCAAAAAGGAGGUGAAACAAGCACAAACAGUAUAGCUUCCAUCUUUGCUUGGUCUCGUGGCCUUGCUCACAGGGCACGACUAGAUGACAACGCUAGUCUCUUAGAGUUCACCGAGAAACUAGAAUCGGCUUGUGUCGAUACUGUGGAAUCUGGGAAGAUGACUAAGGAUCUUGCUCUUAUCAUUCAUGGAUCCAAGCUUUCUCGAAAUCAUUAUCUGAAUACUGAAGAAUUCAUUGAUGCUGUGGCGGAGGAACUAAAAUCCAGACUUCUCAAGGCAUAGUGGCUAGAAUGUGAAGACUGCGUGCUGAAAUACCGUGAAAUAAAAUCAAAGAUGCAACAAACUAACGGGGAUGGAACCUAUGUUGACUCUGUUGUUCGGAGCGUCGAGGUUACGAUUGUGUUCUGUUUUUGAGAAAUAUUUUAGCGUCUAUAUCAUUCAAAUGAUGUCAGCCUAAGCUUCAGUUGUUAUAUUCUAUUUUUGCACUUUGCCGAAAAAUGGAACAUGUGCUUUUUCUUUCUUAUUUUCAUGAGCUGGAAUUAUUAAUCAUCGUAGUUUUCUGGGUUUCACCUUGCUGGAGAAUGAAUCUUAAUGUGUUC